AUGGCGGUGGUUGUUGGUUUUACGAUGAUGGCGGUGGUGUUGGUUGAUGACGUGGAUGGCGGAAAAGUGGCCGGUGGUGGUGGAAAUGAUGGAUGGGAGAACAGGUGGGUUAAAUCUGACUGGAAGAAAGAUGAGAACAUGGCAGAAUUGAUGGCGAAACUCGGUGAAUUGUGCGGGAAGACAGUGAGUUUGAGGUGUCAGUUGUCUACAGAAGAUCUAGAUGCUCUUGUUACCAUAACAUGUGAUGAGGAUUUGACGAAUCUCAUUCAGGAAUAUGAUCGAACAGCUUCGCUGCAAUCGAUUAAAAUCCGAGCAUUUCUAUCAAAUCCGAAGAAAUGCUCACCGGCUCAUUCAACCGCUUCUGGGUCUGGUACUUGUGGAUCUAGUUCCUCCACUGGUACACCCGAAGCAUCACCGAAAUCACCACCUCUGUCAGUCAGUAAUCGGUGUGUGUAUACGUCGUCAAAAUCGCCUUUAAAUCUUCCGUUGUGCUACAACAAAUCAGCUGGAAAGGUUCCGUGCUACGCUUAUCGAAAUUCCAAUAGGUUUUGCCUUGUUCCUAAUGGGAGCAAUUGGCAAUAA